AUGGAGAAGGAGAAAGAGGAGGAGGAGGAGGAAGAAGAGGAGGAGGAGGAGAAAGAGGAAGAUGAAGAGGAAGAGGAAGAGGUGGAAGAGGAAGAGAAGAAGGAGGAAGAUGAGGAGGAGGAAGAGGAAGAGAAGAAGGAGGAGGAUGAGGAGAAGGAAGAUGAAGAGAAACAGGAAGAGGUGGAAGAGAAAGAGAAGAAGGAGGAGAAGGAGGAGAAAGAGGAAGAUGAAGAGAAAGAGGAAGAGGUGGAAGAGGAAGAGAAGAAGGAGGAGGAGGAGGAGGAGGAAGAAAGCCAUUAUCAG